GUUUUUAAGAAAACGCACUAACCUAAACUCAUUACAGUUAUUAAAUAAUUUAUAAAAAAGAUGUCAAGACUUGGUGCCUUACAUUUGACACAAUGCACGGGGCAGAAGCAUACAGGAACAGUUAUUUUUUUCCAUGGUUCAGGGUCGUGUGGUGCUGAUGUUAAAGAAUGGGUGCGAAUUAUGGUGUCAAACUUUUCAUUUCCACAUAUCAAAAUUUUGUACCCAACUGCACCACUGCAGCCAUACACUCCAGCAGGUGGGCAAAUGAGUAAUGUAUGGUUUGAUCGUGCUGACAUAAGUCCUAAUGUGCCAGAAAAGAUGCAUUCUCUAGCAGAAAUAGAAACAGAAGUGAAGAAUCUCAUCAAAAAAGAAAAUGAUGCUGGAAUCCCUAGUAACAGAAUAAUAAUUGGUGGUUUUUCAAUGGGUGGUGCACUCGCUUUACAUUCAGCAUAUAGAUGGGAUCGUAACAUUGCUGCAGCUUUUGCCUUUAGCUCAUUUUUAAACAAUAACUCCAGUGUGUAUGAUGAGGUCAAAAAAAGUAAAGGCAUUAAGUUGCCACCUUUACUUCAAAUACAUGGUGAUAUUGAUGACUUGGUAGAUUUAUCGUGGGGCAAGGAGACAUUUAAUUUACUUAAGGAAUAUGGUGUUGAAGGCGAGUUCCAUAUAAUGGAGAGAUUGGGGCAUUCAUUGAACAGAAAAGGUGUCAGACUUAUCAAGGAUUGGAUUGAAAAACAUUUGCCAGAAAUCUGAUAGUAAAAUAUAUAGUAUUACCACUACGUAAUCAACCUUGAAUGAGACCCAUUGUUCAGUAGUGAAGCUUGCGAUUAAUGAAACUAGGUAGCUAUAUAUACGAAUCAAUGUAUCUCGAUCAAAUUAAAAUUUCUUUAGUAAUGUACUACAUUUUCUGUUUACCUCAAUACCUAAAAAAAGGGGGC